UUUGUGUAAAAAAAUAUUACAGCUGAAAUAGUGCAUUUUACUAUUCUUAUUGAUAUUUAGAAAAAAAAAUUAAUAAAAUAUGGAUUUCACUAAAGAAAACUUUACAGGGAAUUAAACAAAUACAUAAACAACAAAACCCCAAAAGCAACUGGUGGUGUACACCAUUAGUAACCUUCCUAAUAGGAAUAUUACAUCAAUAUAUAGAAAGAAACAAAGUAAAUAGAAAUAAGAAAAAUCAACAACAAUGAAUUUACAGUCAUUAUUUCGUGAUUUUAAUCCUAGUAAAUUUAUAGUACACUGUAGUUUAUUUACGUUUGUAACAUUAUUUGCCCUGCGGUUAGAUGGUUACAUAGAUUGGCCUUGGUGGGCUAUUUUUACACCUUUAUGGAUUUGGAAAACUAUAGCGGCCUUGGGUGCUACAGUAGGAGCCAUAGUAUGGUGUCGUUAUCCUCACUACAGACUUGAAGGUGAUUCCUAUACACAGUUUAAGGCCAUGUUAAUUUCCCUGUCCUUGCAUUUGAUUUUACUGAUGUUUGAGUUAUUGGCCUGCGAUAAUUUAACCUCUAAACGUCAUUUGUGGGUUUUAGUUUUUAUACCUUUGAUAUUUGGCUCGGUGGCCAGUGUGGGUGCUUGUGUUUGGGCUGUUAAACAUGAUCGUUCUUUUGAGCUGGAACUGUUUUUAGCGGUAAAUGCUUUGCAGUUCGUUUCAUUACCGUUGAAAUUGGAUCAAUUUGUUACCUGGAAUUGGGAGGUGGUGUUUGUGCCAAUGUGGAUUGUUAUAUGCUUAAGUUUAGUUAGUGUUUUGUAUAAUAUUAUAUUUUGUGGAAUCAUGAUGCGUACCCCAGAAAUUUCUCUGCAACAGAAGAAAGCUGCCCUCAAUGCAGCAGUGGGUAAUAUAUGCACGGUCUUGCCAUUGUUAUUCUUACAAGUGGUCAUUUGCGAUAAACUUGAAGGAGAAUUGAAGUUCCCCUACAUUGUCAUAUUCUCUCCGCUGUUGGCCUCUAUCUUUGCUUUAAUUGUUCUAAGUUUUAGCGCUAAAGGUGGAAAUAAAUGGUGGUUUGGCAUACGUAAAUCAUUCAGUCAAUUCCUACUCUCUGCUAUGCCUUUCCUGCAAGAAUAUGGUAAUAUUUCCUACCAUGCUGACAACAGUAAUGCACAACAAUCACAGCCCUUAGAUGGUGGCUCCUCUUCGAGUACCGUGCAUAUGGGUGAUUUUGAUAAACAUGACAAAAAGAGUAAAAAAUCGGCUAAAAAUGAUAGUAUGAAACCCGUGGUACCCAUUAUAAGUAUUGAUUUGCCUGAUUAAAUUCCGGAAACUAAAAAGGAUAUAAUAAACUCCCACCACCACUAACACACCUCCUCCCCUUCUAACUCGCUGGUUCAUCCUAAAACAUUUAAGAACAUUUUACUAGUAGUAAGUGUUAGUAGUUAAGUAAUUGUUUAUAUUUUUUAUUAUUAAAAUCUUUUUUUAAUUUUCUUUCAUUUUUAAGUAAAACAACGCACUUCCACAAAUCAUUAAUUUAAUUUUUUUUUGUACUUUUAUUUGAAAGAAAAAAGAAAAUGUUAAAAUCAAAACCUUUUCAAGUUUUGAGAAUCUCUUUAAGUUUUGUUAAUACUGAUUUUUUAAACUUUUAGUACACUAAAAAAUCUUAGUUAAAUAAAGAAGGAAAAACUUAAAACAGAAAUUGAGAAAUUUAAAUAAUUUGGAGAACAAAAAUUGUUCAAUAAAAAAUUCAACUUAGGUAUGAAUUAAUUAGUAUUAUAGUAAACAAAUGAAAAAAAAAAAAACUUUAAGGAAUUAUAUGUACUAGAAUGUUAGUAAAUAAAAACUAAAAUAUAAAUGUUAA